AUGGAGGCGUUUCUCCAACCCAGAGCCGAUAGCAACUCGGCCAAAGAUGUUUGCACCAAGAUUUCCCUCGCCGAGAAUGCCUCACAGCCCUUGUUCGGCAGCAUGUCCUUUUACACGUUCAACAUGAUCCUGUCCGGCAGCUUUACCGCCGCGUCCUGCCUCAUCAUCUUCACCCUGAUGUUGCUCCAUGCGACGCACCUCAGCAAGAGCAACGAGCAGAUCAAAAUCAUGCGCAUCUCGCUCAUCAUCCCGUUUUGGUCCAUCAUUUCCUUCCUGUGCAUCUGCUUUCCGUCGGCCGAAGUCUAUCUCCACCCGUGGCUCGAGUUCGUCCAGUCCAUCUGCCUGGGUACCUUCUUCAUCCUGCUGUGCGAGUUCGUCUCGCCCAGUGCGCAGCACAGGGACGUCUUCUUCGCCGCGCUCACGGUGAAGAACAAGAAAGCAGCCAACGGGGAGGAGAACGGCCUGGAGUGGUUCAGGAAAAUGUGGUUCGCCGUCUUCCAGUAUCCAGUCGUCAGUCUGCUAGUGGCUAUCGUGACUGCCAUCACGCAGGCUGCGGGGGCAUACUGCGAGUUCGAGAGCAAGGCGCACUUUGCCAAGCUUUGGCUGUCCAUCAUAAGCAACGUCUCGCUCACACUCGCCCUCAUGACGGUCAUCCGCUUCUUCAUGCAGCUGAAGUCCCAGCUGAAGCAUCACCAGCCAAUCGCCAAGUUUCUAUCAUUCAAGCUGGUCGUUACUCUGACCUUUAUCGAGACUAUCAUCUUCUGGAUCCUCCGCGAUACCGGGUCCCUGAAACCGACCCCGACGCUGACGGACGCGGACCUCCGCAUCGGCAUCCCGUCUAUGCUCGUCUGCAUCGAAAUGCUUCCUCUGGCGGCGUUCUUCCACUACGCGUACUCCUACCGCCCCUACGUCAUUGGAAGCGGCCGCAUCCGCCGGCCCCUCGCGGGCGACCUUGAGGCGUACGAGCCCCAAACGUACACCGGCGGCCCAGGCGGGCUGUGGGCCCUAAUUGAGAUGUGGAACCCGAAGGAGAUCAUGGAAGCCAUCGUGUUCGGCUUACGGAUGAAGGCGGAGGAGCGGAUACAGCAGCGCACCAAGAAGGGGUGGAACAAUCCGGCGUACCAACCGGUGGACCAAAUUCACGAAAUGGAGAGAAGACAUUGA